UGAGAAGUGACCAAUGAAAAUCGAUUAUUUUAAAAACUGACCAAUGGGAACUCUCACUUCUUAUGCCAUUGUAGACGAUCCAUUAGCUUAAGAAGAAAAGGAAGUAAUACAUAACCUGCGAAUUGACGUGCAUACACACAUUGUUGCUGCUAUGUAUUAGAUACUAGACUAAUCAAUGUACAGAAGAAUUUGGGAAAAUGGCACGAAAUGCAGAGAAGGCUAUGACAACGCUUGCUCGUUGGAGAGCAGCGCAAAACAAUGAAGGAACAAAGAAAGAACAGGAACGAAGGCCAUAUUUAGCUUCAGAAUGUAGGGAUUUACGUAAGGCCGAGAAAUGGAGGAUGCAAAUAAUCAGAGAAAUUGCCAAGAAAGUCGCUCAAAUUCAAAAUGCUGGGCUCGGCGAGUUCCGCAUUCGCGAUUUAAAUGACGAGAUUAAUAAAUUGCUUAGAGAAAAGCGACACUGGGAAGCGCAAAUAAAGGAAUUAGGUGGGCCUGAUUAUUCCAGAGUCGGCCCUCGCAUGUUGGAUCACGAAGGACGCGAGGUUCCUGGUAAUCGAGGUUACAAAUAUUUUGGUGCUGCCAAAGAGUUACCGGGUGUCAGAGAAUUAUUUGAACAGGAGCCACCGCCACCCCCUCGGAAAACUCGCGCGGAAUUAAUGAAGGACAUCGACGCGGAUUAUUAUGGUUAUAUGGAUGACGAUGAUGGCAUUUUAGUACCACUGGAACAGAAAGCCGAACAAAAAGCGAGAGAAAAGUGCAUCAACGAAUGGAUAUCGCGCGAAAAGGAACCGGGAACCGACGUUGAAACAACGGCGCAGAAAUCAAUUCCCUCGCAGCAAGACAUUCAAGAAGCACUAUUGGUUAGGAAGAAGAAAGAACUGCUAGAAAGAUAUGGACUAGAAUAAAGUCGAAACUGCAGUUUGCUAAACAAUAAUCUGACCUCAAAUUUAGGUAGUGAUAAUAAAUUGAAACGUUUAUUGAUCUAAUUAUCUAACUUUUGUACAUACAUGCAUGAGCAAAGAAAAAUAAUGUUACUCUUGUGUUACAUAAUCUUAUUGCAAAUAGAAAAUAUCAUCGAUGAUUAUCAUUAAUUUUGUUUAUAAUUUUAGAACAUUUCGCUUUACUAUUUAUAUAAACAUAUAUCUCUUAAUUUGUAAACAUGUGUAAAUGUUCUUUCAUGAAACUAUUGAGUUGUAACUUAUAUUCGUCCUGUUGUUUUUAAUGAAAUGUAUGUUACAACCCAUAUUAUUAAAAAUACUAAAAAAAA